UGAGACAGACUACUGUCAUAAAAUACGGGACCAGAAAUAUAUGACUCUAUUUGAGUAUAACUCUGAGAAUUAGUUUCUUAGGCCAUUCUACAAGAAAGAAAAAAAGAAUGAAAAAAGGAAAGAGAGAGAGAGAGAAAGAAAGACAAGAAAAGAAAGAAAAAGGGAAAAAAUGGGCUUUUAGCUUUCUAUGUGAUGUAAUUUCAGUAAUUAACAAUAGGUGGCAGUAAAGAGCCCUCUCUUUCAAUGCCGAAAGCAGUUACCAGUUAAAUGUUCUAGGAAGUGCUUGAAUUUCUCACUGCGGGACAGGCAGGUUGUCUUGCGAAGGGUUCAGGAAAGCGGGACAGUGCUGUGGCCCACGUACAGCUGAGUGUGCCAACCAAGCGUCCGUCCACAUGUUGGGAUGUAAUACCCUCUUCAAGGCCUGAAGAGAGAGGGAGCUCAGUCUAACUACGACACUCGGAGGUGGUCCUUUGCGAGGAAGCUGGGAUUGGAGUCUGUCAGAUCCGCAGAGUAGAAGCCCAUGAUUAAGUGCUGAUGGCUUAAUAAAAGAGUGACCAGAAUACAUGCGUGUGUCUUCAUCUCUUGCCCAGAGAUGCCCUGUGCUGAGCUGGGAGUCUGCCAUCACGUCAGCACCAGAUGUGGCCCCUUGGCUGAGGAGCAGAACUGAUAUGUAUGAAUGCAGCUGGUGAAGAAGUCGGGAUAGCAGGGCCCCGUGGACACCCCCGCAGAAAGGUCUUUGUCUUCUUCACUGGUCUAGGCCCUAAAACAUGGCUAGUGGACAACCGAGUCACCUUGGCUGGACAAAUAAUGGAUGCAUGAAUGACCUUUUACUGUGAUCUUCAACAGCUUUUGAGACCUGUACCCAUGUGGAGAUACUCUGAAGAACAGCAGCCUCAGGAAUAUCUGUACAAUGACUAAAGCAAAUGCUAUCAUUUUCUAUUGUUUCACUGUCUUAGGACUGAUACUUACCGAAAUGCAGUUGUCUGAUGAGAGUGAGCUUAUCAUGAGGAGGCCAAAAGCAAACCUCACCAGUGUGCCCAAGGACCUACCCUUAAAAACAGCCAUUUUAGAUCUGUCACAAAACAACAUAACUGAGCUCCAGACUUCUGACAUCUUCUCGUUGUCCAAACUGAGGGUCUUGAUAAUUUCCUACAACAAACUCCAGUCUCUUGACAUCAGUGUUUUCAAAUUCAACACAGACCUGGAAUAUCUGGAUUUGUCCCACAAUGAGUUAAGGGUGAUCUCUUGCCAACCAACAGUCAACCUCAAGCACUUAGACCUCUCCUUCAAUGCAUUUGACACCCUGCCCAUAUGCAAAGAGUUUGGCAACAUGUCCCAGCUAGAAUUUCUGGGACUGAGUAGUUCCAAGAUACAAAAUUCAAGCGUGCAGCUGAUUGCUCAUCUGAACAUCAGUAAGGUUUUGCUGGUUAUAGGAGACACUUACAGGGAAACGGAAGACCUUGCGUGUCUCCAGCACAUUAGUGCGGAGACUCUGCAUAUUGUUUUCCCUGAGAAAAGAGAAUUCCGCUUUGUUUUGGAUGUGCCGGUCAGCACGACGGUGAGUUUGGAGCUGUCUAACAUCAGGUGUGUGGACGAGGACAGGGACUGCUAUUACCUCUUGGCUGCUUUGUCGAAGCUUCGACGGAAUCUGAAGCUAUCAGACCUUGCCCUCAGCAGCGUUGAAACAACGUGGGGUUCCUUCAUUAACAUCCUGCAGCUGGCCUGGCAGCUCCCCAUUGAGCGUCUCUCAGUUUCACACCUGAAGCUACAAGGUCAACUCAAUUUCAGGAACUUCAGUUAUUUGGACACUUCUCUGAAGGCUUUGUCAAUACGUCAUGUUGUCAGCGAUGUGUUCAACUUCCCACAGAAUUACAUAUACAGUAUCUUUUCCAAUAUGAACAUCCAAAACCUCACAAUAUCUGGGACACGCAUGGUCCACAUGCUUUGCCCAGCCCAGGUUAGCCCAUUCCUGCAUUUGGACUUUACAGAUAACCUUUUAACAGACAUAGUUUUUAAAGAUUGUGGAAACUUAACUGAAUUGAAAACACUUAGUUUGCAAAGGAAUCAGUUAAAAAACCUUGAUAAUAUAAUUCUCAUGUCUCAGAAGAUGAUAUCGCUACAAAAACUAGACAUUAGCCAAAACUCUCUAAGGUACAGUGAUAGUAGCCAAUGCUCCUGGACUAAGAGUUUGUUAGCUUUAAAUUUGUCUUCAAAUAUGCUUACUGACUCUGUUUUCAGAUGCUUACCUCCCAAGGUCGAGGUCCUUGACCUUCACAAUAACAGAAUUACAAGCAUUCCUCACAAAAUCACUAAACUGGAAGCUUUGCAGGAACUGAAUGUAGCAGCCAAUUCUUUAACUGACCUUCCUGGAUGCGAGGCCUUCAGCAGCCUUUCUGUGCUGGCCAUUGACCAUAACUCAGUGUCCCAUCCCUCAGCAGAGUUCUUCCAGAGCUGUCAGAACAUUCGGUCCAUAAGAGCAGGGAACAACCCAUUCCAGUGUACAUGUGAGCUGAGAGACUUUGUCAAAAACCUAGGCCAAAUACCAAGCGAAGUGGUGGAGGGUUGGCCUGGCUCUUACACCUGUGACUACCCAGAAAGCACUAAGGGAACCCCACUGCAGGACUUCCGCAUGUCUCCACUGUCCUGUGAUACCGUUCUGCUGACCGUCACCAUCGGGGCCAGCGUGCUGGUGUUGGCCGCCACCGUGGCCUUCCUCUGCCUCUACUUUGAUCUGCCCUGGUACCUCAGGAUGCUGUGUCAGUGGACACAGACCCGGCACAGGGCCAGGAACACUCCCUUAGAGGAACUCCAGAGGAAUCUCCGGUUCCACGCUUUUGUCUCAUACAGUGAGCAUGAUUCUGCCUGGGUGAAGGAUGAAUUGCUACCAAACCUAGAGAAAGAUGACAUACGGGUUUGCCUCCAUGAGAGAAACUUUGUCCCUGGCAAGAGCAUUGUGGAGAAUAUCAUCCAUUCCAUCGAGAAGAGCUACAAGUCUGUUUUUGUGUUGUCUCCGCACUUCAUCCAGAGCGAGUGGUGCCACUAUGAGCUCUACUUUGCCCAUCACAGUCUCUUCCACAAAGGGUCUGAUAACUUAAUCCUGAUCUUGCUGGAACCCAUUCCACAGUACUCCAUUCCUACCAACUACCACAAGCUCAAGACUCUCAUGGCGCGGAGGACUUACUUGGAAUGGCCCAUGGAGAAGAGCAAACGUGGACUGUUUUGGGCCAACCUAAGAGCAGCCAUUAAUGUCAAGCUGGUUAGCCCAGCAGAAGCGGCAUGUCACACACAGUGGUAACAAUGCUCACCUUUUCAGGGUUGCUGCUUGGGGGAGUUUUACUAACAGUGCCGUUGACAUCAGCAUGACCUAGAGACGAUUUUGACUUUGUGAUGCAGAAUGUAUGCUUUUAAGCCCUAGAUUACCACUAGCAUGUGGUAAUAAAAAUGAG